UGCGCAACGGCCAUGCGCAAUAAAAACGGAGGAUAUGACUUUUUCCGCCUGGAUGAAGAAGAAAAUGAAUACCCUCGGGUUUUGUGCUAAACACAUCUAGGUCUGAUGUUCCUCGCUCAAGUGGCCUGUGUGGUGUCUAGUCCCAGUGUGUGUGUGUGAGAUGCGGUUCGUUGAAAAGUUGUUGGCUCUGGCGACCAUCUCGUUACAUCAUGAACAAUUCCGCUCUCAUCACCGGACGGCCGUCGUCCGGGCUGAAAAGCAGCCGCAAACUUGCCUCUACGAAUUCCGUUCCACCGAGCUGCCCUACGGCAAUUUCACGUCGCCCAACUAUCCGGAUUUCUAUCCGGCCGGAACGCAUUGCUACUACGUUUUUCACGGCCGCAAGUGGGAAGGCAUCCGAAUUCAGUUCCAUUUUUUCGACUUGGAGUCGCCCUACACCGUCGGGUGCCUGUCGGAUUUUGUCAGCAUUACAACCGAAGACGUCAGCGGCUUAAGGACUGUGGCGGGCCGCUAUUGCGGCCAGCAGACACCUCCUCCACUGCUGGCCAUGCAACCCAAAGUGGAAAUCCUUUUCGCUGCCAAUUACGUCCACCAUCACAGGGGCUUUUCGGCCUCGUUCAGCUUUGUCGAUGAAGAGUCGUUGACGCUUGCGCCGUCGAAUGCCGACUCUAAUUCCGGAUGCGGCGGCACAAUUAGCGGAAGUGGUGGUGUUCUCCUCUCUCCUGGUUAUCCAUCGGCCCUGCAAAGUUGGCUGGAUUGCUCCUGGCUAUUACGGGUCCCGUUCCAGCAUCACGUUUACGUUCGACUCGAGUAUCUCCAACUACACGGAGGUCUCGCCAGUUGCCCGUUGGCCGAAUUAUCGAUUCACGACGGCUACGGACCCCUGAACGACCAAGCUCUGAAAUUGCGGAGAUUUUGCGGUGAUCUUCGCUACUACAAAUCCGUCAGCGACCGGAGCCUUUUGUCGCGUCGAAAUCGAUUGCUCGUCCGGCUGACUAGUGGCAAUCUAACAUCCGUCAAAUCACUGGGAUCUCGCUCUCCGGUUGUCCCGUUUGGUUUCCGACUCAUUUGGACGGCUGUCGAUUUUCAAACGGAGCAGAAUUGCUUGUCCCAGGGAAAGAUUGUCUGCCGUGACUCGCAGUACUGCUUCAAUUUCCGGCGCUUCAGCAGCAUUUCCUGCGACUCGACUUUGCUAUUUUGUCUCGACUCGUCGCUACGCUGCGACGGCGUCAUGAACUGUGAAGACGGCGACGCCUCCGACGAGCUCAGUUGUCAGGUGCCGUACUUGUUCGCUUCCAUCACGGCCGUCUUGUGCGCCCUGUCGGUGGGGGCGUUUGUGUUUUGGUUCCGCCAGCGGAUGAGAAACCGCGACAAAGUAGCGGAAGAACUGUCCUAUUCAUCGGCCGUCAAUUACUGGGAACCGGGAUCUUGUCCCCGUCACGACGACCGCGUUUUCCACACCAACAACGAGGCGGCGCCCGCCAUGGAUGGACAAAAGAGGCUCAGCUACGGCGGAGGUGGCGAAAGGCGAGAAAUGGUUCACAGGGAGGCCAGGCGAAUCGCUUCGCUGCCGCUCAUCAACUGCCAGAAAAUCAGCCCCAACAUCAACAACGGAGUCAAUUUGCUGAGGAGACACAACAGCCGCUACGAAAUCGGAUCGGACGAAUUGUAUCCAGCGUGCCAGUUGAAAGCUUCCGUCGUCUGCCAGGAGCAGCCGAUGCCCGGCAAACUGGUUUGGGACAGGGGGGCUCGAACGGCGAGUACGUCGGUCAGAGGAAACAAUUUCGUCGAUAAGAAUUACCUGCGCCAGAAGAAGAUGACCAACCAGAGCAACGUCGAGUCGUACUGCAAAGAAAUGGUGGAACUGACGCCGUUCAAACCGUACGCCUUGUCGUGUCAGGAUCUGGUUGCCCGGCGUGAGAUGAGACAUUCAAAUGUUGUGACUGUGACGAGCUUUGGACCGAAUGAAACAAUCAAUACUGAAUUGUGGUAGGUUUCAACAAAAUCUUAAAUUCCAAAUAUGAGGAUGUAAAGGGUUGGUUUUUGAAACAUUUAACAUUUGGAAAUUAUUCCUUAAUUGAAAAGCUUUUAUUUUUUGGGUGAUUCGAAUUACUAGUUUUUAGCUGUGUGAGUGCGUCUUUGUGAAUUUUAAAUUGGUUCCUAAUCCGAAUUUUACGUGGUUAAAAACUUUAAAAAGUAAGUCGAUUUAUGGUCGAUUAUAUAGUGUUCGGUUUUUCUUUUGGAUACUUAAUUGCCUGAAAGAUGUUAUGGUGAAUAUUGAAUAUAUCAAAAAUCAACUGCCACUUCAUGAAAUUAGAACUGCUAGGCCAAUAUUUCACUGUUUUUAUCUUUAACUGAUUAAGAUUUGAUUUGUAAGCAGUGGAAUAGUUUGUUUUUUGCUACAACUCGAACAACUGCUAUUAAUCUGCCCAUCGGCCAUCGAAAUAAAUAGUAAGUUGCGCUUCAAACUAGAAAGAUUGAAAGUUGUUGUCGUGGAUCUGAGAGCAGCGGACGUCUUUAUUUCGCCCGAUGGCGAUUCAUUCUUUGUUGAUUUUUAUUGUUGAUUCCAUUUCUUUCGUACUCGGGUGCAUAACCAAAAAUUGCAGUUGGUGAUUUUAUAAUCUUUACGUCUAUUUUCCAGAAUAGAAAUUUGAUGCAGAUUCUCGACGUAAUUCUUUCUUGUCCUAUUUCUCAUCGAUUCUUUUUGGUCAGAGUUCCAUGGAUUUUUGUCAAAAUAUUAUUUAGUUUGAAAAUGGGCCAGACUCGCCAAUAGAAGUCUGAACAGAAAGUACUUCAACGCAACCCGUAUUCCAAACAACAUUUGUACUACAAACACACGUCAAGUGACAGUUGGAUAAAAUUUACCACCGUUAUUCAUUUCUUUUAAUUUGCUGUGAUAUUUGUGGACGUUUUUUGUCAACAUUUUAGUUUUCAACGUGCCUAGAAUGGAGAUGAGAUAAUAUCUUCAGCUGAAGGCUUCAUGUGAUCUGCGUGCUUGUGACAGUGAUUAAAUGGUCCAAUUCAAGCUGUCUUCCAAAACCAUGGAAAUUCUGUUUGCAAGGUAAACGCGAAUAUGUUCCAUCGGGAUAUUCGGCCACAUCAUCAACAAUCACAAGCUAUUCAAAUAUCUAUGCAUCACCUAUUUAUGUGCCAGUUCCCGUUUCACUGCCUUCACAAAUCAAUCAACCGCAGCCAGUGGAACGUUAGGAUUCAAAAGAAAGAGUUUCUCAGUUGGAAGAUCUAUAGCGGAUGCUGG